CUUAUUUUGAAAUGUAACCAUAACCUAACUUUUCAACUUAAAAGAAGUCCUCUUUUCCGUCUCUAAUUGAACGUUUUUAAUGUAUAUUUCAGGAGAAACUCUUCGAAAAUGAAUUGCACUAUACCGGGCCCCAACAUAAAGGUGCUUAGUAAAUUAAUUAAUGCGCUCUCUAAAAUCGGAGACGAUGUCUACGUGGAGGCAAAAAAGGACUAUCUCUCGCUUAAAAGCGUAAACAUGACCACUACGGCGUACUGCACGGUCCAUCUCAGAGACACCUUCUUCUCCUCGUACGAGGUGUCCCAAAUUGACUUACAGUGCCGGAUCCCAGUUAAGGGCAUGCUGAGCGUGUUCAAGUCUUUCUCGCACAAGGAUAAAAAGAUGGAGUUUUGCAAAAUCGAGUUGGAGGAGGACCCAGUGAAGAUAGUAUUUAGAUUUAAGUACAAACAUGAUGUGAUGGUGGUGCGGGCACUCUUUUUAAGCGACGGAGAAGCGGUGAAUAUCGUGUACAAUAAGGAUAACAAUACCAGUUACUUGGGGGCUACGGCACAACUGUUCGGUCAAGUUUUGUGUAAUUUCCAGUUGCAUGAUGACGACAUGAGCUUAGAUGUUACGUCUCAGCGAGCACUAAUUCGCAAUUAUAUCACAGGAGACACAGCAGUCACAAAAGGCGUGCGAUCCCAGAUUACUCUCAUGGCGGGCGAAUUCAGUAGUUUCAAAAUUACGCGCGACACAAACAUCACCUUCUCACUAAAACCGUUUCGCGCCGCCGUCAGCCUAGCCGAAACCACCACUCUGGGAAUGCUACUCAAUUUCGACGCACCAGGCCGGCCGGCGCUUAUCGAAGUGAAAAACCCAACAUUCGAGGUGAACUUUGUCAUCGCGACCCUCAAAUCGAACGACGUCCCGUCAACAUUAACCUCGUCGGCGGUGCCCAUCAUGAACGAUGUAAAUUGGGAAGAUUUCACUGAUCCCAUGGAUCUGCCGGAGAAAGAGAACGGGGACGUGAUCACGCGAUCUCCCGAGUCGACGCACAGCACGAAGAUCAGGCGAAUUUUCGGAAGGUGCUACGAGGACACGUUUCAUCCGCAAAUGGCCGAUUUGGGCGAAGUUCUCGCCCCCGACUCCGAUCCAGAUACAGACUGAUUUGUGUAUUUGUAGAAUUAAGGAAAAUUAUAUGACUAGUUUUUUGUUUA